GCUGUCUCCUGGCCCGGGCCUAUUUAGAGAGCAGACACCGAAGACAGCCGGCAGCCGGGCAGGUUGGGUAGCUUUCUGCAGCAUUCCGCAGGGCCAGCUAACUGUGCUUCCCCGGUGAGCUGGGAGGUCGUUCUAAGCGACCGUUUUAUUCCGAAUCCUGCGCCACGCGACCAACAGACAUGAACUACUCACGGUUCCUCACGGCAACCAGCAUUGCCAGAAAGCCUUCUCCCAUCAGAGCAACAGUUGAUAUCAUGAGCAAGGCACCAAAAACCUUGAUCUCUCUGGCCCCUGGAUCGCCGAACCCAAACAUGUUCCCCUUUAAGGAGGCUAGUUUCAAAGUUGGAAACGGAAACACCAUCCGAUUUGAAGAAGAGACAAUCAGAAGAGCCCUUCAAUACUCUCCAAGCUAUGGAAUUCCAGAACUUCUGUCCUGGCUAAAACAGUUGCAAGUAAAAUUGCAUAAUCCUCCCACUGUCCACUACCCACCCAAUCAAGGACAGAUGGACCUCUGCAUCACCUCCGGGUGCCAGGACGGUCUCUGUAAGGCAUUUGAAAUGCUCAUCAACCCUGGAGACACUAUCCUCGUAAACGAACCUUUGUUUCCCGGAACCCUUUAUGCUAUGAAACCAUUGGGUGGCAACAUUAUUAACGUCCCCAGUGAUGAGCAUGGGAUUAUUCCAGAGGGUCUCAGAAAAAUACUUUCCCGAUGGAAUCCAGAAGAUGCCAAGGACCCCACGAAAAAGACUCCAAAAUUUCUUUAUACUGUCCCAAAUGGCAACAACCCUACAGGCAACUCUUUGACAAAUGCCCGCAAGAAGGAAAUCUAUGAGCUUGCAAGAAAAUAUGAUUUCCUCAUAAUAGAAGAUGAUCCUUACUACUUUCUCCAGUUUAACAAGCCCUGGGUACCAACCUUUCUCUCCAUGGAUGUGGAUGGGCGUGUGAUCAGAGCUGACACCUUCUCAAAGAUCAUCUCCUCUGGGCUGAGAGUAGGGUUUAUGACGGGCCCCAAGUCCUUGAUAGAGAGGAUUGUUUUGCACACACAAGUCUCAUCGCUGCAUCCCUGUACUCUCUCACAGCUCAUGAUAUCACAGCUUCUAUACCAAUGGGGAGAAGACGGCUUCCUGGCUCAUAUUGACAGAACUAUUGAUUUCUACAGGGACCAGAGGAGUGCGAUAUUGGCAGCUGCAGACAAGUGGUUAAGUGGUUUGGCAGAAUGGCAUGCUCCCAACGCCGGGAUGUUUCUGUGGAUUAAAGUGAAGGGGAUCUCUGAUACAAAAGAACUGAUUGAAAAGAAGGCUCUUAAAAAAGAGGUCUUAUUUGUUCCUGGCAAUGGCUUCUUCAUCGACAGCUCAGCCCCCACUUCCUUCUUCAGAGCCUCCUUCUCUCUGGUCACUCCAGAGCAGAUGGACAUUGCCUUCCAGAGAUUGGCCCAACUCAUAAAAGAGUCUUUAUGAAGAAAUCAGAUUAGGAAUUAUAUCAUAAUUUUUAAAUAUAUUAUUUCCAUACUUUGUUGAAGAAUGGGUGUUCCUGUUUGACUGACAGAAUGGAUCCAGAUCAUGAAACGCGGUGCAUCUGUGCAUCUGUAGCAAUAUAACUGAACAACUUUGAAGUGCAAGAAUGUUUUUCUGAUCUCCGUUUGCCUUUUAAUUAAUUUUCAACUCACAAAAGAUUAAAUUUUGUUGUAAAGAACACUAUAGCUGUUUCAUAAUUUCCAAUAAAUUUUCCUUGAAAUUAA